GGCUUCCAGCUUAUCUAGAUGAGGAGCUCCAAAGCACAUUCCACAACUUCAGACAUCAAAUCCGGCGGUCCAUGGGAGUUCUCAGACUGCAGGGGUCCAUGCUGGUAGUGGGGGAGAAGAUCCUCUCUACCAAUGGGCAGUCGGUCGAUUUUGAUGCCAUUAGAGAGUCAUGUGCCAGAGCAGGCGGCCACAUGGCUGUCCCGAGGAGUCCGGAGGAGUACGUGGCCAUUGCAAGCAUUGUGGUGAAGUACAACACUUACGCCUACCUGGGCCACGAGGGCCCCACCCCUGGGAACUUCCACUACCUGGACGGGGCCCCCGUGAACUACACCAAAUGGUACCCAGGGGAGCCCAGGGGCUGCGGCAAAGAGAAGUGCGUGGAGAUGUCCACAGAUGGGCAGUGGGGCGGCAAGAACGGCCUGCAGCACCGACCGGCCAUCUGCAAGUUUUGA